UUUACCGGCCGAUCUGUGGUCUCUCUGAAUCUGAUUUCGCAAGAUGCGCUUUAAUUUGUCUGCAAGCCUGAAGUUGGUAAAUAACAGCCAAUUCCACAAAUUAUGGUGUAUAAACGUGCGUAGCUUCUCUGGCACUAUCCAAACCGAUGAUUCCGUCAACCAAAGCACGCAACCUCCGCCUGCGAAAGCCGCGAGUGUAGCCGAAAAUACCAGCACAGAGCAGCGCUCGCUCCACAUUGCUGUUAUUGGAGUGCCAAAUGUUGGUAAAAGCACUUUCAUCAACAACAUUGUCAACCACAGAGUCUGCCCCACCUCUGCCAAGGUGCACACUACCCGCCAGUCGAAUACCGCCAUUUGUACCGCGGGCCAGACGCAGCUUGUCUUUUACGACACGCCCGGCUUGGUGACCCAGCGAGAAAUUCGAAAGCACCACCUCGAGCAGAGUUUCAAGAGUGCCUAUCGCCAUGCAAUACAGCAUGCGGAUGUCAUUGCCGUUCUGCACGACGCCUCAAAUGGCUGGACAAGGAAGGAGCUUCACCCUACGGUCCUGGACACGCUGAAGGCCUACACUCACCUGCCAAGCUUUCUUGUCCUGAACAAAAUAGAUGCCCUGAAGUCAAAGCGUGUGCUGCUGGACCUAAUCAAGACCCUGACUAAUGAUAGUCUGACAAGCAGGCGUGGUGCCCAGGAUGCUAGACAGGCAUCAACUGCCACGGGGACUGAUCACCCGGCUGGGGGCAACCGUCUGAACCAGCGUGAGACCAGCUGGAGCCAUUUUAGCGACGUUUUUCUUGUUUCGGCCAUGACGGGCACCGGUCUGAACGAGCUGCAGGACUAUCUGGCGGGACAGGCCAAGUCAAGGCAGUGGAGAUUCCCCUCCGAUGUGCACACCGACGCCAGUCCAGAGGCGCUGAUUGUGGAAAGCGUAAGGGCGCGCCUACUGGACUACUUGCCACAGGAGAUUCCCUACAAUCUAAAGUGCGAGCUUGAGUACUACAGUGUGGAGAAGCAUGUUGUAUACACCUCCGUACAGGUGCAGUGUCCCACCACGCGCAUUGAGCGGUUAAUCUGCGGCGAGGGCAAUGGCAAGCUGCGCCAGAUUACCGAACGAGUCACCUCGGACUUGGUGGAGAUGUUCGGUCAGGCGGUGUCCCUCACCAUUUCGACGGUGUCAAAGGGGAAGAAGAAUACGCCCGAGGCUCAAAAUUGAUGCUUUACAUGCUUUGUGUUGUUACAUUUAGUUUAAUAUAGUGUUGCGUAAAACUACGAA